AUGAUAUAUUAUGUGAAGUUAUUGGAUUUGAAAACACGACAAACUAUUACUGUGUUAAAUUUAUAUAGUGAAGUUAUUUGUGUUACAGCAAAGGAGCUUCAAUUUGUAUAUUUUCCUGUGCUGGCAAUUUCUACACAUGGGCCUUGUAGUGCAGAAACAUUUAACGCAAUAUUAGCAAUUGAUGUGUUGAAAGAAACUGCACUUG